UUGCUGCUAAUUUUUGGUAUUUACCCGUUCAAUCCGACACGAAAGUCCAUAAAAAUCGAUUACCGAAAAAGGCAAUGAGGUGCAAUCAUCUGUUCUUACGCACAACGCCUUUGUUCAAGGCACAAGUUUUACUAAAUGACAUAAUACAUCAAUGGCAAGAUGCUCUUCCUUUCAUCACUUAUCGAGAAUAUGAAACUUGAAAGAAAGAUAUUUCACUCCCGUGUGUUCAUUUGAUUCCACUACAUGGCUGAGGGUAAUGAUCUUGACGAGUCCAUGGAAUAUAGACUGAAGUAUAUUUCUAAAGGACAUUGGUUUUCUAAGAUGAUUGUUGAUUAUGACCAGAACGAUGAAAGAGAACAUUGUGAGGUCGAAGAUAGCGAAAAUUCUAUUCUAAUACCAAACAAUGCUACCAACAUUGAAGUUAAAUUUCAAGUCAUGCGCGGGCCUGGUAUUUGGUGUGAUGUAAAAAAGUACGAUCGUUUCAAAAAAUGUUGGGUGAAACCAACCCAGCCUCAUAUCUUCAAAUACAAGACACCGGUGACUCGAACGUACACUUUGGCUGGAGGCUUGUAUUAUGAGGCUGUGAUGAAGAUCUUGGGGGAAUAUUUUGAUGAUAUAAACGAAUUUUGAAAGGAUUUACCACAUCAAGACAUAUAGGAUCUAACCUGACGAAAUUAAGUAAAAAUGUUACUUAUUAUUAAACUAUAUAUAGAUUAUCUCUUAAUCUGUAUUCAAUUGUUUAUCUAAGAUUACUUAACACACUUCACACGAUGCAACAAACUAGCUGUGAACGAGUUCUAGUCCUGUAGGCAAUUCCAAUUAUAUUGAUUCAUCCACUAUGCAAAA